AUGACGGGCCGGCGGGAAACCGGGAAGUCAUCACGGACCGUUGGUCCUGAUAAGCGUCGUCUGCCUACCUUCAAACCCCUUGUUGUGUCCACCUACAAUGUUUGUACCCUAUAUCAACAAGGGAAAACCCGUCAGCUGUUCUUUGGUUGUGCUGAUGCUGGUAUUGAUAUAGUCGGCAUACAAGAGCAUCGGCUAAUUACCUCUAACCCAACUGAAGAGCUAUGGUCUGAUGAUAAGAACUGGGUACUUGUUUACAGCUCAGCCACUGACAGGAGAUUGGGGGGCGUUGGACUACUCAUGUCUAAACACAUCUACAAAUGUCUCCAGUGUGUUCACGUCAUCACCAACAGAAUUCUAACAGCAACAUUCUAUGAAAAUCCCCAGUUAAUCAUCACCAUUGUGUAUGCUCCAACGGAGUGCUCCGCCGUUUCUGACAAGGAUGCAUUCUACACUUCACUGACUGACUACUUGGACCAAGUCAAGAGGCACAACAUCACCCAAGUCCUAGGUGAUUUCGACGCCAGAGUUGGACUAGACAGCCAUUCCCAUCACCCGACAGUUGUAGGACGACACUGCUUUUAUGAGACCACAAAUGACAAUGGUGAGCGGCUAGUCACCAUGUGUGAAGAAAACAACUUGCAUAAAUCUCCAGCACAAAUGAGAUUCCCCCAGCCUAAAUCACGAUUCUGA